AUGAUAUCUAUAAGAUGCAGAGAUUUUUUCUAUGUCUCCUUCAAUCUGUUAACGUCUAUUUUUUCCUAUUUCUGUUUUUACAUCUAUCUAUCUAUCUAUCUAUCUAUCUAUCUAUCUAUCUAUCUAUCUAACUUCAUUAUCUAUCUAUUCAUCUAUCUAUCUAUCUAUCUAUCUAUCUAUCUCAACUUAUUCAUUAUCUAUCUAUCUAUCUCAACUUAUUCAUUAUCUAUCUAUCUAUCUAUCUAUCUAUCUAUCUAUCUAUCUAUCUAUCUCAACUUAUUCAUUAUCUAUCUAUCUAUCUAUCUAUCUAUCUAUCUCAACUUAUUCAUUAUCUAUCUAUCUCAACUUAUUCAUUAUCUAUCUAUCUAUCUAUCUAUCCCAACUUAUUCAUUAUCUAUCUAUCUAUCUCAACUUAUUCAUUAUCUAUCUAUCUAUCUAUCUAUCUAUCUAUCUAUCUAUCUAUCUAUCUCAACUUAUUCAUUAUCUAUCUAUCUAUCUAUCUCAACUUAUUCAUUAUCUAUCUCAACUCAUUCAUUAUCUAACUAUCUAUCUCAACUUAUUCAUUAUCUAUCUAUCUAUCUAUCUAUCUAUCUAUCUCAACUUAUUCAUUAUCUAUCUCUCAACUCAUUCAUUAUCUAA